CUACACCUAUCUGUUAUCGCUAUCGACGUGAAGAAAAGAACCCUCAUGUUUUGACCCGCAGCUUUCGACAACGCACCUUUUGCCUCGUCUGGUUGUGCAAAAUAACCGCCUGGUCAACUUCCGUUAAAUUUCGGUAUUGACUGCGUGGUUAAGAUAAGGACCAUGUCGAAUCGUUACUCUGUCUACUCCAGCCAUUCGGCUGGUUUGUCUACCGGUACUCCUCGACUAUCUCCUCAGCAAGCCUCCCAGGUUUCAACCACAACCCUUCUCAAUGCCUUGCAUUCAUUCUAUACCUCGGGUCAGCCAUAUCAAUUGGAUGCGAGCACAAGUCUGGUUGUGAACACUUGGCUUACUGCUACACGCACGACACCCGAUGGCCGUACCGGGGGAACUAUCGAUCGGGAGUUGGCACUCAGAGCGUGGGAGCAUGCAAGACGAAGAGCCGAGGAUGGCUGCAUCGUUCUCUGUUCGACUCAUCAGUCAACCCCGUCUGUGCUACAGCCAUAUCUGGCAGCGCUACCUCUUCCUACGCCCACCACUGCAUUCACAGCUCUGGCCGUUCUUCGACCCUUCCUUUCCGCUGUCACGUCGUUUAACCCCUCGUACUCUCUCUACUCCGCUCUUGCUGCGUCCUUCACCCUCUCAUUACAAGGCGAUGUGGUUGGCUUAACCUAUUCCCUUUCAACGACCGGUAUCAAUGUUCGGAAAGGACUGUUGGAUAUCCCCAGCGAACCAGGCUAUCGGGCCUUUGACGUAUUUUACUAUCUCUUGACAUCCGCAUCAACGCCAGCAGAGAGAGAGUUCCUGGAUCUAAAGAGUGCCUCCGAAUAUUCAUUAUUAAACAAGUCUGGCACUUACAAGCCUCCGUCCUAUCUUCCAACUGCAGAUGAUGACGCUGCUGCGGAAGAUUUCAGGGCCUCGCUCAAAGCUAUCGGUAUCAAGGGAGCCGCCCAGCGAGGUCUCUUGUCAACCCUCGCGGGUUUGUUGAAACUUGGCAACGCAUCGGGCUUUUUUGUCGACCAGGAAGAACUCGAGGAUGUCUGUGAAGAGGUGGGUGGCUUGCUUGGUUUGGAUCCAGAGGUUCUCCUUCGAAAAUGCUCCACCGACGAGCGGGAGAUUCUGGUUGCAGGCAUCUACGAGGCGCUCGUGGACUGGGUGAUCAGCAAGGUCAAUGAGGCCAUCGCCAGCGAGAUCAAGGAACACAAUGAUCAUGUUGGCCAGUGGUCGAACGAUGACACUGUCAGCAUAACGGUUGUCGAUGUCCCCAGACCGGCAUUUGGAAAGGCCGUGGCCAUGAGAGGAGUGUUCGAUGACAACCUGGGUAUCAACGCCGAAAUGCGAGAGGAUGGUGUCCACAUUCCCCCGGCGGGAAAUUCAGUAAUCAACGAGAUGGAUAACGCAGUGGCUCAGGUUGAAGCCGACCUGGGAAUCACUACCGGCUCCGCAUGGCACGAAAGAGAAUACGAGCUCGACAAGCGACAGGGAGUGUUAGAAAAGGUUGGCUUGGAAGUCGAAACAGACGCUUUUCUACGGCAGCUACUGUUCCCUGUUAGCACCGAAGGCAUCUCGCUCGGCAAACGGGGCCGAUUCGAUCUCCCUGCUACGUUGGGAAGCAGCCGUGUUUGGUAUCAAAUAUCGAUGCACCCUACCGACGAUUCACCCGAAGCCUUGAAUUCUCUGAUGUCAACUACGACCUGGUCUGCAGGUUCCGUGUCCCGUCAAUUGCGUGACUGGAGACUUGCUGAAUGGGCGAAUCGACGUCUCAAACAGCUUGACUUCACUGCUGAUUUCGAUAUGGAGGAGUUCUUCGGUAGGUAUGCCCGAUUAGGGUGUAUGGAAGGCAAAGAUGGCAUUGAAAACUGGAUCCUUCAGCGGGGAUGGACCAACGGUGAUGCCUUUGUCGGCCACCAGCGUAUUUGGAUGAGGGAAAAUGCAUGGUGGGAGGCAGAGACAAUGCUUGACCUCAAGCCUGACGAAUCCCCUCCGAUCAACCCUUUCAUGCUUGGUAAUGGUCUUGUGGACCCCAGCUAUGCACCCGAUAUGGGCUACCCAAUGGCAGAGUCGACAAGCCUCCUGAACGUUGGGCAUGAUGCUUCAAUGCAAAAGGGUAUGCUAGCUCCCAGUUUUCGUGGAGGAGCAAAGUCAAUAUCUCCUAGUGUACCUCAUACCAUGAAUAUGGGAGGUGACUAUGGCCUGGGCUCGAAGGGUGAUGACAGGAAGUGGGACAACACAUAUUACGAUAACGAGUUUGGGCAAUACAUUGGCGAACUCGACCCCGAACAUGGUGAGCCUAAACAUAUCGAGAAAAAGGAAAUUACUCCCGGUCGACGCAUGUGGACGGGCUUCGUUUGGGCCAUGACCUUCUGGAUUCCAUCCUUCGUGCUUCGUUAUGUCGGCCGAAUGAAACGCCCCGAUGUGCGGAUGGCCUGGCGUGAGAAGCUGGUUCUUUUCUUCCUGAUCCUUCUGUUCAAUGGUAUGGUCUGUUUCUACAUUAUCGCUUUUGGUGAUCUUCUGUGCCCGAAUAAAGAUAAAGUAUGGAACGAGAAGGAAGUCGGUUACCAUGAAGGCGAUGACGAUUUCUAUGUCAGCGUUCAUGGCAAGGUUUACGACAUUAGCAAAUUCUGGCGCAUUCAGCACAGUGAUACGUCGAUCGAGACAACUUCGUCCAACAUGAAGCCAUUUGCAGGACAGAACCUCGACGCUUACUUCCCCCCACCUCUUACGGAAGCCUGCAAGCCAUUUGUGGACGACGACUCGAUCACAUUGCAAAACAACAACACCGAUGCCGUCUUGUAUCCACAGGCGAAGCACGACUGUGGGCCCCGAAAUCAACCUGACAAAAGCACUGCACUCCACGAGAUUAGCUGGUAUGCAGACAAAUUCUUGCCAAAAAUUAAGGAAUACUACAAGGGUGAUGUCGUUUGGAAACGGAGUGUGGUCUCAUCCCAAGCGACCGACAGUCAACGGUAUUGGGUAAUUGUCGACAAGAAGAUUUACGAUUUGACCAAUUACUUCUAUACGCUGAAGAUGAUGAACAAUAUCGACACCUAUAGUUUCCUGCCCAAAUCUGUGACGGAGCUCUUUAAGAACUACCCCGGUACCGAUGUCACUGACAAAUGGCAAGACACAACGCAGUUUAAAAAUGCCCAGAACUGUCUUGACAACGUGUUUUAUGUCGGGAAGGUUGAUUUCCGAGACUCGCCCAGGUGUACAGUCAACAACUGGAUUCUGCUGUCAUUCACCGUUCUCAUUUGUGCUGUUGUGAUUGUCAAGUUCCUUUCUGCUCUCCAGCUUGGUUCCAAACGACGGCCCGUUCCACAGGACAGAUUCGUCAUUUGCCUGGUCCCUGCAUACACAGAAGGCGAGGAUGCCCUGCGUCAAGGUCUCGACUCUUUAACCGCUCUGCAAUAUGACAACAAGCGAAAGCUCAUCUGCGUUGUCUGUGAUGGAAUGAUUGUUGGUGGAGGUAACGAUCGGCCAACCCCAAAGAUUGUCCUCGAUAUUCUCGGGGUAGACCCAAAGAUCGACCCUCCUGCACUGCCAUUCAAGUCCAUUGGCCAAGGAAGCGACCAAUUGAAUUAUGGAAAGGUCUACUCGGGUCUUUAUGAAUAUGAGGGCAAUGUCGUGCCUUAUGUCGUUCUCGUCAAGGUUGGAAAAGAGUCCGAGCAAAGCAAAUCCAAGCCUGGUAACCGGGGUAAGCGUGAUUCACAGAUUCUGCUGCUCAAUUUCCUUAACCGCGUGCACCACCGUUCACCUAUGUCACCAUUUGAGUUGGAGAUCUUCCAUCAAAUCAAUAAUAUCAUCGGUGUUGAUCCUGAACUUUACGAGUACUGCCUGAUGGUGGACGCCGAUACGAGUGUUAGGGAGGAUUCACUCAACCGUCUAGUUGCUGCUUGUGCGAACGAUGCGAAGAUUGCUGGUAUUUGUGGAGAGACCAGUCUUCAGAAUGAAGAACGGAGUUGGUGGACAAUGAUUCAAGUCUAUGAGUACUACAUUUCCCAUCAUUUGGCCAAGGCGUUUGAAUCUCUUUUCGGUACCGUCACUUGUCUGCCCGGAUGUUUCUGCAUGUAUCGAUUGCGAACUGCAGAUAAAGGUCGACCACUUAUUAUAUCCGACAAGCUCAUUGCCGAAUAUGCGGAUAAUGAUGUGGACACGCUGCAUAAAAAGAAUCUUCUCUCCCUUGGUGAGGACCGCUACUUGACGACAUUGAUGGCAAAACAUUUCCCUACCAUGUCCUACAAGUUCAUUCCCGAUGCAUACGCCAGUACUGCUGCCCCGGAGACAUGGAGCGUUCUUUUGUCCCAGAGACGUCGCUGGAUUAACUCUACUGUUCACAACUUGGUGGAAGUGGCCAUGCUGAAAGAUCUCUGUGGCUUCUGUUGCUUCAGUAUGCGAUUCGUUGUGCUAGUUGACCUUCUGGGAACAAUCAUCCUUCCAGCCACCUGUGUUUACUUGGGAUACCUGAUCUACCGUGUCGCUAGUCAUACCGGCCCGUUCCCUCUGAUUUCCGUCAUCAUUCUGGCGGGUGUCUAUGGUCUUCAAGCUAUCAUUUUCCUUGUUAAGCGGCAGUGGCAGCACAUUGGAUGGAUGAUCAUUUAUAUCCUUGCUUAUCCGGUCUACAAUUUCAUCUUGCCUCUCUACUCUUUCUGGAAACAGGAUGACUUUGGUUGGGGUAGUACUCGUGUUGUCAUUGGUGAAAAGGGAGAUAAGCGUGUGGUUGCUGUUGAGGACGAAGGCUUCGAUCCUCGCAGCAUUCCUCUCCAGCGUUGGGACGAUUAUGCCCUUGCCAAUAACCUCCCUGGUCGUCGUGGAGAUGCAAGCAUCAGCCAGGAGAAGUUGUUCCCGCCAAGAUACACAGAUGAGAUGGCCAUGGAGAUGGAUGAUAUGCACUCCAACUACUCCUCUGUCAAGCCUGCGUCAACUAUCCUCACUGGGUUCCCUCAUAACCGGAACACUGGUCCGUACAUGCCUCCACACUCACCAGCACAUUUUGGCGGCAACGUGCCAGGAAACAGAAACUCGCAUCUUUCGAACUUUUCAAGGUACACCGAUAUGGGUCAAGCAACAGGUCACCAGGCCUCGCGACACAUGUCCAUGGGCGGUCUUAGUCACUACCAAAGCAGCCCCAUGAACAACAGCCGACAUAGCGUGGGAAUGAUGCAGAGUACCGACAACCUGCUUGGGGGCACCCCACGACCAGUUUCUCGCAGUCCGCUCGGCGCAGGGUAUAACUCGAGGCCCACCAGUGCGUUUGACUUCCGAGGGGGAGCAGGAGGGCCCGAUGAUCAUUCCAUCGCGGAGGCUGUUCGGAGCUGUCUAGCAGAGGUCAAUCUGGAUAACGUGACAAAGAAGCAGGUCCGCGUCCUUGUCGAGCAGCGACUGCAAACAACAUUAACGGGCGAGAAGAGAGCGUUCCUCGACCGACAGAUUGACCACGAAUUGGCGAAUAUGUGAGCCGACCAAACUGUCAUAUUAUACACAGGAAUACAGGAUGUGGAUAUUUUCUUUCUUUUUUCAACGAACGGGGAUCAUCUAAUAUAUGCACUCAACUUGUCACUCUGAAAAUAUUUCUUUUGGCUGGGCAUGCACGGCGUUUGUUUUUCGGAUGAAAUUAUUUUUUGAGCAUUCAGCGAUCUGUUUUAUGUAUCAAGCCAGCAUGGGGAUUUGUAUUGAUGUUGAUCUAGAUAAUAUUU